AUGGCCGCUCCUACCCGUGCACCCCACGUGUCAAGAAUCGCACCUGUUUCAGUGCCUUCCUGCUGGACUGCUGCUGCCACGGCUUCUGCGCCUGCUGCUGCAACCACUUGCCUAAGAGACCCCAGGGUGUGCCGCACACGUCCAGGCGUGAGCCCCACACACUCUGGGCUGGGCCCCACAUACCCUGACGUGUGUCCCACACGUGCUGGCGUGUGCCUGCCACAACUCCCAUCGGACCCACGUGCUGCUGCUCUCAUGCAGCCUCUGCCACACCCCUUUGAGACGGAGCGUGGGGUGGGACUUGACGGGUUCUUGGACGCGUUUCCCUCCGUCGCUGCUGCUAUUGAUGAUGGUGCUGCUACUCGUGGCCCUGUUGCUGCCACUGGUGGUGCUGCUGCUCCCAUGCAGCUUUUGCCACACCCCUUUGAGACGCAGCGCUUCGAGACGGAGCGUGGGGUGGGACUUGAUGGGUGUGUGGACGCUUUCCCCCCAGCUGUUGCUGCUAUUGGUGGUGGUGGUGGUGGUGGUGGUGGUGGUGGUGGUGGUGGCGGAGGCGGCGGCGGCGGCGGCGGCGGCGGCGGCGGUGGUGGUGGUGGUGGUGGUGGUGGUGGUGGUGGUGGUGGUGGUGGUGGUGGUGGUGGUGGUGGUGGUGGUGGUGGUGGUGGUGGUGGUGGUGGUGGUGGUGGUGGUGGUGGUGGUGGUGGUGGUGGUGGUGGUGGUGGUGGUGGUGGUGGUGGUGGUGGUGGUGGUGGUGGUGGUGGUGGUGGUGGUGGUGGUGGUGGUGGUGGUGGUGGUGGUGGUGGUGGUGGUGGUGGUGGUGGUGGUGGUGGUGGUGGUGGUGGUGGUGGUGGUGGUGGUGGUGGUGGUGGUGGUGGUGGUGGUGCUUCUGCUGCUGCUAUUUAUGGUCGUGAUGCUGCUGCUGCUGCUGCUGCUGAUCAUGCUGCUCGUGCUGCUGCUCCUGCCUUGCCAGUCUCGUCCCUUGCACACCAGCAGCGGCACGCAGCUAUUAGCAGCCUGUUGAGUGAGCGAUUGGAGGCCCUCAAGGCAGCGAUACCAGCGGAGGUGCUGCUGAGGCAGCAGGGCCGGGCAGGGGUCAGCAGUCGCACGCAGAUAGCCCCUCUCCUGGAUGCUGCCGUGGGGUUCAUCAAGGGAAUGCGCGAGUACAAGCUGGAGCUGGAGAGGCAGCUGCAUGCCUCGUAA